AUGACUUCAGACUCCGCCGUAGCACGCUGGCUCGACGACACCGCUUCGAGACAGCCGCCUGACACGUUGCUGCACCCAGGCGAUGAGUUCCCCCUGCGCACGUUCUCCAACCCUCCCUCGGCCAGUAGCUUGUCCGACAUCAGCAGCGACGACGCCAACGACAACGCACCUCGCCGAGCACCCAAGACUACGCUGCGCCCGGCCGACGUAGCGAAGCUUAUCCACCCACCCACGCCCACGGCCGCGGCAUUCGGGGGCAUGGAGCCGUCGACGAGACGGCGGUCCUCCUCCAUCACUGGCGCCGCCGCUGCAGCAACGAGCAAGAAGAAGGAGCGGAGCCACAGGCGGCGGCGAGACGACCACAUCGCCGAGGAAGGUGAGGACGGCUCGGCGAACGCAUCAGACAGCGGCUCCCGCAGCGACAGCACCGACUUCGAGCUCGACGACAUGAGCGCAGACGGCCUGGAAGACGACGAGGAGACGGGCCUCACCAAGAAGGUGCGCCGCAAGAACGCAAGGAGGAAGAGGCGGAACACGCUGCUCGACAAUCGCAUAGUGCCUGAUGCAGGCCUCACCUUCACCAAGGAGGAAAAGGCCCUCGCCGACCAGAGCCUGUACCGGUCCAUGCUCGUCAACGCCGUGCUCAUAUGCCUCUGGUACCUCUUCUCCAUAUCAAUCUCCGUCUACAACAAGUGGAUGUUCAAGGUGGAAAAGGGCGACGGCGCAACCCAAAACAUCUUUCCUUUCCCGUUAUUCACAACAUGUCUGCACAUGCUUGUGCAGUUCUCACUGGCCUCUCUCGUACUGUUCCUGGUACCUUCUCUUCGACCUCGACACGAUUCUCUCAACCCUCACGCGACCGGUGCACGUGCGGAACCAUUGGACCCCAAGAAGCCACUCAUGACCAAGUGGUUCUACUUCUCGCGCAUAGGACCCUGUGGUGUCGCGACAGGCAUGGACAUUGGCCUGGGCAACACGAGUCUGAAGUUCAUUUCUUUGACUUUCUUCACAAUGUGCAAAUCGUCUGCACUAGGCUUCGUCCUCAUCUUCGCCUUUCUCUUCCGCCUCGAGCAGCCUUCGUGGCGCCUCGUCCUUAUCAUUGCAAUCAUGACCGUCGGCGUCGUUAUGAUGGUGGCCGGCGAAACAGCCUUCCACGCCCUGGGCUUCAUUCUUGUCAUGGCCUCGGCCUGCUCUUCUGGAUUCCGCUGGUCUCUUACGCAGAUUCUCCUCCUACGCAACCCUGCGACCGCGAAUCCGUUCUCCUCGAUAUUUUUCCUAGCACCCGUCAUGUUCUUCAGCAUCUUCGUUCUAGCCGUACCAGUGGAAGGUUUCGGCGCUCUGCAAGAAGGUCUUGCACAUCUCUUCGAGCAAAAAGGCACAGCUUUCGGCAUCGGCAUCCUCAUUUUCCCCGGUUGUCUUGCCUUCCUUAUGACCUCAUCCGAAUUUGCUCUGCUGAAGCGAACCUCGGUGGUCACACUUAGCAUCUGCGGCAUCUUCAAGGAAGUCGUAACCAUCACCACUGCAAACCUGGUUUUCAAAGACCCACUGACACCCAUCAACCUCACAGGCCUGAUUGUCACCAUUGGCAGCAUCGCGCUGUACAACUACAUGAAGAUCAAGAAGAUGAGGGAGGAACACCUCUUGAAAGUACAUCUAGGUGGGCAGGAAGAGUACACGCCCAUCAACACUGCCGACCCAGAUCAAGGCGGCAGCAGACCGUCAAUAAACGUGAGCAGAGGCAUCAGGGCUAGCCUGCAGCUUGCACCUGGUGUUAGUGGACCUGCAGGCAUCGAUUCACCAGCAAGAGCGAGCCCGGUUAAGAGGCCGGAGGACCUGGACUAG